AUGCUAACGAGUUCAACGCAAGCUGUGCGACGGGCUGAGGCUGAGGUGGCUGGCUUUACCAGCCUCAUGAUCACUGCUAAAGAUCUGAUCAGAGAGAAUAGAGCCGUGGCUCAGAAGAUAAAUCUAACCACAGGACAACAACAAGCACAGCGACCAGUGCAACUACAACAGCAACAAAAGCAAAAAAACCUACACUCGAGCCCGAUGCAUCCUGGAAACAAGAUGAUCAUACAGACUGGAUCAAGGCCAAGUGAGGUAAUACAAGAAUGUCAGCCCAUGAAAAUGACAAGCACUUACUCUUAG